AUGGCGGCGGCCGCCCUGCCCUUGCGGGGGGCGCUGAGGGUCUGCGGCGCGGCGGCGCGCUCUGCGGCGGCGCGCUCUGCGGCGGCGCGCAGCUACGGGGCGAAGGCGGCCGGCGCCGGCGAGCCGGUGACUCACACGGGGCAGGUUUAUGAGGAAAGUGACUAUAGGCGGAUUCGAUUUGUUGGGCGACAGAAAGAGGUAAAUGAGAACUUUGCCAUUGAUUUAAUUGCUGAGCAACCUGUGACUGAAGUUGAAACCAGAGUCGUCUCUUGCGAUGGUGGUGGUGGAGCUCUGGGACAUCCGAAAGUGUAUAUAAACUUGGACAAAGACACAAAAACGGGAACAUGUGGCUAUUGUGGACUUCAGUUUAAGCAGAAACACCAUCACUGAAAUUAUCUUCUU